AUGACACCUCGUCUUACAUCGGCCAACUUUUCACAUCAUCAACCGAGGGCCGAUAUUAGUCAUGAUAACAGCGCAAGUCACUGGUCAUGCGCAUCAAAUGGUCUUGGACGGCCAUCAGCUUCCUCCAGUCAUGGCAGGCCUUCUUUAUUUCUGCUUGAAGAUCAUGCUAAAAAUAUGACAAAACAACAGGGACCGCUGAGCAAUCACUGCUUCAGACUGAUGCACCAAGAUACGGGCGAGCAAUUAGGAUCAAAUCAUAGCGACUGCACCACUCAUUUAGGAUCUAAGCCAUCCCGACGGGAUUCAGAUGACCUUUCACCUGCCACCUCAGUUCUCCGUCAUACAUCCUCAUCAACUGUGAAUGAGGACUUCGCCCAUAUGAAUGGGGGUGGACGGCAUGAGGACUCGAGCGACGACGCAAGUAGUGAUGCUUUGAUCGAAGCCGGCUCAAGUGAUACUUUCGAAGAUGAAUCCAGCAAGAGUACUGUAAGAAUCUUCGAUUUGCCCAGGGUCAGGUCCACUUCAACACGUGGCAGAGCAAUAAUUCGGAAAAGAGAAAAUAGAAUUUGUGUUCCCCAAAAUUUUAGCCGACAUUCAAUGACAUCUUACAUGUCUCAAGAAAUCAGUCUUGAUCGGAAUAAAAGAAAUGGCUCACAGCGCAGGAAGUAUUAUUCGCCCAGUUCACAAUGCAAUCAUGUCGACCGGGAGGGAAUAUGGCAGAAGGAAGGUUGCUCUAAUCGCCGUAAA